UCCGGCGCGUGGCUUCUGCGGUUGCCAUAGGAACGGCUUCCUUUCUUCCCUCUUCCUCCCCCUCCCCUUUCGGCUUUCUGCGCCUUUCUUUGCGGCAGGAAAGACGGAUGGGGCGCUGGGCGUCUUCGGCCAUGUCCUUGUCUUGCUUCUUUAACCCUCAUCAUGGCUGUUUACUCCGCGCAAACGGCCAUGGGGAAAUAUGGACGGACUGGAACAGCACAUCGAAGUUCUUCCAGUAUGGGUGGAGGUGCACCACCAGCGAAGACUCCUAUGCCAACAAAACUCUCUUGGGGAACUGGAACGAGGAGCGUUACGAUGUCCAGAAAAGGAAGGAACUCAAACCUCUCCCUUCCCAGUACGCUCACUACUUCGAGUCCACCUACGUGUCAGACUAUUCCAAGGAAAUGCCUCGCAGCUUAAGAAGGAUCGUGCGAGGGCCUCACUGGUUUCCUGGACACCAGCCAGAGCUGGAUCCGCCUCCGAUCAAGCCCACCGCCCGGUCGUGCUACAUGAUCGACUACCAGCUUCCGCACAGCAGAGCGGCCUGCCCUUUGGCCGACGGGAAGCCCAAGGAAGCGGAGGGGACCCAGCUGAAGCAGUAGGCACUCCAGGGCCACUUGGGGGUGGGAGGCUCUGCUGAGCAGGUCUCCUUUCCCCACCCAAACAGUUAGAAGCUCGGCUGCUGGGCAGCAGCGCCUAAAAUAAAAGAAAUGUGUGCCAGAAGAGACUACCACAUUCGUGUUUCAGUUCUGGUUCCUUCCUAGCAUUUUUUGUGGCUUUCUUAGCAGUUCAAAGACUCUGCUAAACCCUCAGUUCACCAACACAGGACUGAGUCUUAGAUUUAGGUUUGCCAUGAAGAUUGAGGGAAGAAGCUACCAACUCUUUAUUUGUUAGUCAAGAAGUUCACUUGCUAUCUUUGCACAAAUAAAUAAACAAGAAGAGCCAGUCUGCCA